UUUCCGGCUCUUCUUCUUCGUUGGUGCACUUGCCUGCAGAGACAAGUGUCCUCCAUGGUGUCAUUGUAGGUGUUUUAAGGUUGAAUAACAGUAAAUAAGAGAUGUCUGGGUACACACCAGACGAAAAGCUCCGUUUCGAGCAGAUAACAAAGCUCCGGAGGCAGUGGCUGAAGGACCAGGAGCUCAGUCCGAGGGAGCCCGUGGUACAGGCUAAACCACCGGGCCCUGUCGCCAAGUUCUGGGCUGGCUUUCUGGAGCCCAAGAGCCUGUGGAGGGUCUACACCUACAAAGCAUACAGAGGUGGAGUUUUCACAUUAACACGGCUGUUGAUACCUGCUUGGAUUGUUCACUACUACGUGAAAUACCACAUUGCUCAAAGGCCAUAUGGCAUUGUGGAGUUGAAACCCAAGCUGUUGCCAGGUGACAAGAUCAUGGAGACGGGCGAAGUUGUUCCAGAGCUCCCUGAGACCCACGGCCAUCACUGAAGAUGAAAGAUUUCAGUUAUUUCCUUGAAUUUCUGUUGUAAAAAUUCUGUAUAUGCAAUUAAAAUAUUCAAAAGUUA